AUGCUGCAGCUCCGGGACGCGGUGGAGGGCGGCCCGGCCGGCGGCCCCGCCGCGCUGCUGGUACCGGGGGAGGCCGGGCCGCCCUUCCCGCCCGCCGCCGCCGCCGCCGCCGCCUCCCCGCCGCCCCGGCAGCGGCUGCGGCCGCUCAGCGUGCGCACCGCCACCCGCGCCGGCCGCCUCCGGGAGUACUUCGUGUUCCGGCCCGGCACGAUCGAGCAAGCGGUGAACGAGAUCCGCGUGGUCGUGACGCCCACGGAGGACGGGGAAGUGCAAAGCGUCUGGCUGCUGACCGAAAUUGAUCACUGGAACAACGAGAAGGAGCGCCUCGUUCUUAUCACGGAUUGGUCCCUCCUGAUCUGCAAAUACAACUUCAUCAGCCUGCAGUGCCAGCACGUGACGAGGAUAGCCCUCAGCGCAGUGGAUACCAUCUCUGUAGGAGAGUUUGAGUUCCCACCUAAGUCUCUGAACAAGCGAGAAGGCGUCGGUGUUCGAAUUCAGUGGGACAAGCAAAGUCGCGCCUCCUUCAUAAACAGAUGGAACCCGUGGUCCACCAACAUCCCGUACGUCACCUUCACCGAACACCCGAUGGCAGAUGCCGAUGAGAAGAUUGCACCCCUUUGCCUCUUGGAAAACUUUAAAACUCAGCUGAUUCAAGCUGUGAAGAAAGCCCAUAAGGAGUGUCCGCUGCCAGGAAGGGCUAACGGCGUGCUAGUGCUGGAGCGUCCUCUUCUGAUCGAGACUUACCUGGGAUUGAUGUCCUUCAUCAACAACGAGGCCAAACUUGGCUACUCCAUGACAAGAGGCAAAAUUGGAUUUUAAAAUUCAUUGCAUUUUAAAAUUCAUUGCAUCUAAUCUUUUCAAGGGGAAGUGAUUCGAUACUGGUCUGCUGGGGAGAGCACGCUGUGUGGCAGAAUCCUCGAUAAUCGAAGCGAAGAAGUCAGGGGAACGAAAGGGGGUGGGUGUAGAUCUAACGGCUCGCGGGAGGCCCUGCUCCUUACGGUCAGAUUAAUCCGAAGCAGACACAAGGUAGCGUCACGCUCGUAUUUUCCAUUUCUAACUACACGUUCUACCCUGUUAACUAAGUGCGAUUGGUAUCCGCUGCAAACACUCCGCACAAAUACCCAAGGUACAGUAGAACGUCCGUGCCGUAUGACAGCUGUGUCCCUAGCCGGGGUGUCAAAUCGUGUGGCGCGCUUGGGAUUGAUUCGCAUUGCUUCAAGAGGUAGUGGUGUUCACGGCUACAGUAAUCUUAGCGUUUUGAUCAAUGCCUGUUACGAGUUCCGAAAGCCGUGUCAGUCAUUCUUUAGCAAAAGUCAGCAGGUUUUGUUAAAGCUGUACAUCUGCUCAGAAGCAGUGUACGUGAACUAUCACUUUGUCAGCUGAAGUGGAUGGCUGAAUAUGCGUUUAGUAGCUUUUUGUCAAAACACCUCCCUCUAGCAGAGUCUAACUCCCUCCUUUCUUACGUAUGUGUUCUUGCUGCAGCCAUAGAAUAAAGACUCGCUUGAGAGACUAUUGCCAAAAGCCUCACAAACACAUCUGCCUUCAAAGCUAUUGCUUAGAAAACUGAAAAGGAAUUCUAUUUUGAUUAGAUUUAUAUUCUUAGCAGUUUUUUUUCAAUCUACUGUCGUUUGGGACAGCAGCAGGGCAGGACUUUUUCAUGGAGACAGAAAAAACUUUAAGCCCCGGACACCAAUCUGGAUUUAUGCAUUCUUGCACUUAACCUCAUGCAAGUGUCCAGUAAUGAAAUUUAGAAGCAGCGUAAGAGACACUGCAAGUGAAAUUGCUCAUGAGGUUACUCUAACAAGUUCUUUCAUCGUGUGCGACCUUCUGUACGUGCCAUUUUAUCAGAGCAUUUAUCCACGCAACUGCAAUGCUGAAUAAACGCUGUGCUGCAGUGGUGUUUCUUUGAACUUAAAGUAGAUGUCUGUUUACGAAACUCAUGUAAAGCUGAAGUCAUGAUAGAAUGCAACAAGUUGCAUGCCCCUCUCAAUGCAUUUCCCGAGAUAUCUAUUUAAUUUUCAUUAACCUUGCAGUAAAGUUCGAUUUCAGCUCGG